CGAAGCUAGAGGUUGGCUAGCGCGAGCAUCUUGAGCGUCGCAGCAAUCGAAGAUGGCUAUGAUUAGCACCAAACAGCGGGGUUUGGAUAUUAGAUGCCCAAAUCCUAUUGAUAUUCCAAGGUUGUUGUGAGCCUUCACUGAAGCAAAGAUUGAACCGUCCAUUCCGAAAAGUAUCAUUGUUACCCUGAUUCCCACCUAUGAUUCUUACAUCGCCCGGAAGCAUAUUCAGACUACCGACGACCUAAUGCCACUCAAAACAUUAUUUUCCAUGCUAUGGGACGAAUCAUCCUAUCUAGUCUACACUCAUAUCGAGUCUGAAGUGAUUGAUCAAGAGGGUUUCGAUUGCGAGCAUAAAUCCACCGAGCAGUCAAGAGUCCAGAGAGUCCGAACGCAUAAGAUUCUGACAUGGGCUAUGCCCAUCUUCUUUACAUCUUGUGUGGCCGCCUUGUCGGUAGCGUCUUUCUAUAUCGGGCGACGUAGUGUUAUAUAUGAAGCCCAAACCUAUCGCACAAAAUCGGAUUUCAUCUUCGGCGAUGGUUUGCCCAUCAAGAAAGUUCGAUGGAUCAAUGACCACCGAUUCAUGGAGACAGACCCAAUGGCCGGUCGUUUUUGGUCCAACAAGGAGGGUAAAUGGACUGUUUGGGAUCAGGUUCAUCGAGGAUCCUGGAUUCAAAUCGCCCCAUCCGAAAAGCAUGAAAUCUUCGGAGGUCUUCCCUUGAAUCUAUACUCAGCCAAUGGGUCCUGGCCAAAUGGCAAAGAAGGAUACGUUCCAACAGUCCUUCACCAACUUCAUUGUGUGUACCAGGGUAUGUUGAACCACUUCAAGCUAGAGUUACUCCAUGGCAAUAUGCUAGACGCGAAUAAGUUAGAGCACAUGGGUCAUUGUAUCGAGUAUCUUCGCCAGUCGGUGAUGUGCUAUGGAGACACGGCACUCGAGAAACCUGCCGACCAUUCCAACUUUGUCCAUGUGACAACUGAAGAGACAGAACACAUAUGUCGGGACUGGUCUUAUUUGUCACAGCACUUCUGGGAUUCUUCGAUCGAUUUUAUCUGGGGCACUGAGCGACCGAUGACGGUGUUUGAGAACUUGGAUGCGGCCAUGGGAGACCCAGCCCGUAAAAUUCUGGACACCCAGAAAAAAGAAUGAUGUCAGACUGCGAUAUGGCACUUCUAGGCGCUAAGCAAGAACCGAGGUCUUUGUUAUUGUCUGGUGGUAAAACAUGUUGUCUUAUUUCCCACAGAUGACUUCAUAUUUCUGCUGCCGGCAGGAUCUGUUUACCUGAGCACACUAGAUGCAGUAGGCAGCU